AUGCCAAAGUCCAAUUUUCAAGAAGCAGAAUUCAAAAGCCUCGGUACCGAUCGCCGUGAUAUCGCGCAACGCCUCUACAGAGCGAUCGAAAAUUCCCGUGCAAAUAUUAGCGUCCGGUGGUUCGCAGAGAAGGGGCACUUUGAACUGAUCGGCACGAAGAAUACAGACCAGGAUCAAACCACAGCCGACCUCUUGAAGCAUCAAGCAGGAGAGGGAUGGAAACUCAAAAUUGCGGGAAGGAAUGAAAAGGGAAACAUCAUCCUGCAUUUUAUUCCCGUUAUUCCCGUUGACUCCACCAAACAUCUUUGUGAAACCCUGGGAGUUAAAGACGAAGAAAGAUCAUUCGCUCUUAUUGCAGCGCUCAUCGAGGGCCGUUCUGUCCUAGACAUUGGUUGCGGAAAAGGUUAUACAACUGCGCGAAUUGCGGCGGAGCUUAAACCGCGAUCCUUGACCGCUUUAGAACCUGGGAUUGACACCGGUUCUUCAUUCGCUCAAGCUUCGAACUUCCUAUCCGAAAGGGGGAUUGAGGUGUUGAAUCUCACUGCACAACAAGCUUCGAUCAAGUAUCUGGGUACGUUCGAUGUUGUCACUGUCUUCAAGUACAAUGUCGGUCAUCGAGAAAAAGAAGCAUUUGCGGCAUCUAUCGCUCGCAUUAUCAAGGCGGACGGCAUCGCAAUUAUAUCUUCGGUGGAGAGGGAGCGUUGCUACGAGGGAUUUGACUCGGCCCUCUAUAUUGGAGAUGCUCUUCGGAAAUACUUCGAGAUUAUCGAUGUUAAGGAGGUUAACUAUUCGCAAACGGCACGGGAAUGGUUUCUACUGUGCAGAAGGCCUAUAACUGCUAGGACAGUAUCAUAG